GCCCAUCAUUUCAUCCCAGCAUGCAUAGCUUCAAGUCAUGGACCAAAAUGGUGAGCUAGAAGCAAAUUAAACUAACAAUUUAAACCCAGUUCUGCGCAUAAUCACUUAAGUUAGAUGUUUCCGAAUGAGAGCAACUCGCCUGCCAGUAAUGUCGUAAUAUUAAAACGCUAUCGGUAAUGUUCAGGAAUCGCAAUCAUUGCAUGUAUCAAUCUAGCCUGCGCUGUCAUAUUAAUGACGAUCAAGUGCGCGGCAACCAAUCAAUUUGUUUAUAUACACUAAUAGCUAUUUAAAGAGGAAUAGUAUAUUGUACAGUGUAAUUGAAUAAUUGAGCUUUUUAAUAUUCCUUAUAAAGUUCUCUUAGGUCUGUCCAGGUUUAACGUUAUACAUUCUCUGCCUUCUCCGGUAACGUUACUGUAUCUCUGAAGUUUGUGUGAUUUUGUAAGCAUCUGUUGCAGCACUAGUGAUAUUUCUCCUUUGUUUAAUUUUUUUUAAUAACUCAUAUGUUAGUUGAGAACAUCUUGCCUCAAACAGUGAGCUUGACAUACUUAAGUUCAUUUUUAUUUAGAAAGUAACACAAUGUUGGUACAUAUUAUAUUACUUAAUAUCAAAUUGUGUGUUACCUGUGAAUCAUGCCCAUUCCCCCAGAUAAUCCUUUGUUAACCUCUACCAGUGGACAAUAUGUCUCCACUGUUACUUGUGUUGUAUGUCUUCUGAAUGCUUUCUCAGACAAUGACCUUCAAGGAACUGAUGGUUCAGUGGCCCUUGGAGGUCUUGAUGUUCGCAGGCGAAUCCCAAUUAAGUUACUGUCUAAACAGUCGAUAAGAGGCAAACAAGCUAACCGACCUCAGCGCUCCACUACCAGACUGCACUCAAAGAGCGAUGAAGAGUCAUUCAACCAUAAGCAGGAGGAAAGGUUUGAGUGCAAGACUGGAGAUGCUUAUGGAAACCAGCGCAGAUACCCUCAACCACUAUUCUGGGAUUAUAAGCUCAGUUUGGUGGGAGCAAAAGAUGACACUCCGGUUCAUUUUUGUGACAAGUGCGGCCUGCCAAUAAAGUUCUAUGGACGAAUGAUUCCCUGUAAACAUGUCUUCUGCUAUGAUUGUGCAGUUCACUAUGAGAAAAAAUGUGACAAGAUGUGUCCUGGUUUCUCCCUCUAUAGCUGCACAGACCCAGUCCAGCGCAUCGAGCAGUCUCACCGUGGUUCCCUUUACAUGUGCAACAUCGUGCAGGGCUGCAAACGCACCUACCUCUCACAGCGAGAUCUACAGGCCCACAUCAACCAUCGCCACAUGAGGGCCAGCAAAUCCGGAAGCUCCCGGCCAGACCCACCGCACCCCAACAUGACCUCCGAUCCACCAGACUGCUUCCGGUUACCGCCACCAGCCCACCUGUCCAAGACACACCCUCUAAACCCUCCCCCCUUGCAAGGUCAUGACACUUACUACCAGCCACCGCCGCCCUCUUCCUCCGACCUGGGACCUUCUCAGCGGCCCCUUCCCCCAGAGACCUUCCGCAUCGCUACGCUAACUACACGUAAGCAUAGCAACCUCAUCACAGUGCCCAUCCAUGAUGACUCUAGGAGCUCUUGCCCUGCCCCCCGUGAGCCCCACCCACAAACACCACCCGGCCCACCUCCACACCUUCACCCUGGAGAUUACUCCAGCCAGCCUGUGGUUUCCCACCCGCACCACAUUAUGCCCCCGCUACAACAACCACAUUACGGGCCGCCGCCACCCCCUAUUAACAUUACCAUGCAGCAUCCGCCCCAGGGCUCUGCCACACCUCACAUGGUUUAUAACCAAGCACCUCCCUUGCCAACGGGUCCCCCGCCAAUCACCCCUCCACUCGGACACAUCAUGAGCCAGAUACCACCUUAUAUGACUCGCCCACCACCCGGUCCAAUUCCCCAACAUGCCCCUCCUCACCACUAUAACCCAAACUCCAUGCCACAGGAUCAAGGCACUCUUAGCCCUCCAUUCACCCAACCAGGAUGUUUGAGCCCAGGGUUGUGGCCCAAUCCACUUGGCCCCCAUCCACCUCGUAUGCAGAGGCCGCCACCCCAGGGACAGAUGCCUGGGACUCACCACCCUGACCAGUCACGUUACAGAACAUAUUACCUAUAGCACCCUGCCUGUGUGUGCUCUAUGAGACGGUUUGAGCAUAGACAGCGUAAUUGACAGAAUGGAGUUGAGUAAGCUGUGUUCAGUGUCACUUGUGUCUUUGAUGAUGACUUGAUUUAUGAUUCAUAUUGCUGGCUAUUUUAUAUUAAUGUCCCUUAUUCAGGGCAUGUCAUGGAUACUAAGAAGAGUUGUUGUGAAUGGCAAAAAUGCAGUUUCAAUCAAUUUGCUAAAUUUUUUUGUUGAGCCAUUUUCGUUCCAAACACAAGAGUUUUCUUUAAAACAUUUUAAAGGAUAUUGUAACCAACAGCUGCAAUAAAUGAAACUUGAACGUGUG